GCGUCGACGGCGUCGUUGUCAUUGUGAUCGUUCGAGCAAGUGCACAUUAGGUAUCCGCUUUAUCUCUUAAUACUUCUGCGAAGCUCAUAGUACGCGUUAUCGCAUUCUGAUUUAAAGCCAUUUCUUAUCUAUCAUCAGCAGAGCGAGUAGUUUAAUUUUAUAUUUUUCCGCCGUGCUUCUAUAUGUGUGUCGAGAGAGCGAUUUCCGUCCGACGAAGAAUGCGCUAACAAGUGCGUCGUCAUACGUCGAUCGUCGUUCGGUUCGGAUGAGGUGAAAUUUUUUAAAAAUCGUCAUCUCGCCGCGCGACGCCACAAGUGGGAAAAUUUUCAGUCAUCGUACACUGAAAGUGGCCUUUUUACAUAACGGCGAUGCGAGCAGCCGUCUUAUUGUUGCAGCUGUCGAUUCCUUCUUACGAUCUCGUUGCUCUGCCUGUUUUGCGCUGAUUCAGUACGUGUCUAUAUGAUCUGCGUUGCUCAAGUGAAGUUUUGUGCAAUAUGCUCCAUGUGUAUUGAGUGUACUUGUUUCUGCUCUAAACGUGACAAAAAAAUAGUGUAGAAUUUUAUAACGACUCAUCGAGUAAUGGACUUGUAUUUAUACCAUAUCCGCAUGGAUAAGAGGCGCAAGUGUGCAAGUUAAGUUUGACAGGUUUUAAGGAAAUAAUGCCAGGUACCUUGACAUAUCCAAUGUACGCUUGCGUGGAACCACCUCAACCCAGACGCAGAGCUCACUCAUGGACCCAUCACCAUCGCCUAUCAUAUAAUCAGCAGAAUGCUGAGCACAACACUAGACCUACCAGAGUCUCGUUAGCCCAUCCUCCUGUAAGAGAAGAGGCUACAAGCAGGUUGAGGUUGAGGGUACUCGCAGGCCAUAAUCUAGCUAGGAAGGACAUAUUUGGAGCCAGCGAUCCCUAUGUUCGCUUAGAGUUAAAUACCAUCAAUGGCAAUGAGACUGUGGAUGCUGUACUUACAAAGACGAAGAAGAAAACUCUAAACCCAAAAUGGUCCGAAGAAUUUAUAUUCAGAGUUAAACCUCUGGAGCACAAAUUGGUAUUGCAAGUAUUCGAUGAGAAUAGAUUAACAAGAGAUGAUUUUCUUGGAAUGGUAGAACUGACUUUAAACAGCUUGCCAAAAGAACAGGAAGGCCGAACCAUUCCCAAUAAACAAUACAUUCUUCGCCCCAGAAAUACAAAUCAAAGAUCCAAAGUUAAAGGAACUUUGGAAAUAUAUCAUGCCUAUGUAUCAGAUUCAAAUGGUGCCAUUGACAACGGCGAUGCUGAUGCAGCAUCCGAUUCUGGAGGAUGGGAACUUUUGGACCAACCGACACCAACUUCUAAUCUCACACCAGAAGAGCAACCUGCUGAGGUGACAUCGAUUGGUCCACUACCUCCAGGAUGGGAAGAGAGACAAGAUGCCAAUGGAAGAACGUAUUAUGUUAAUCAUAUAGCAAGAUUUACACAAUGGGAUCGACCAACUGUGGCGAAUGUUAUGCCAACUGGAGGUGUAACACAAGAACAACGAAACCUGGAUACUGCUGCAACAGAAUUUCAAAGACGAUUCCACAUUAGUGUGGAUGAUGCAGAAAGUAGACAAAGAACUUCUGGUAUCAGCAUUACGCCGGAUGGUGAAAUGUCUCCGGAGGUGGAUGACGAAUGUGAGGGUAGAAAUCUAAGGGAGAGGGUAACAGAUAAUGCAUCUGGCGCCCCUGGAGAUUCAAUCAAUCGACCUGAUAAUGAGGCUGAUCAUGAGAAUCAGAACGAUGACAAUGUAGAUAGUCCAGCUGGUUCUAGAAGAUCAUCUGAACAGAUGAUAAUCGAGAGUCCAAAGCCAGUAAACGACGAAGGUCUACCUCCAGGCUGGAGUAUGCAGUUGGCUCCGAAUGGCCGAAUGUUCUUCAUCGAUCACAAUGAGAGAGCUACGACGUGGGUUGAUCCAAGAACAGGCAGACCAAGCUCAAUACCCUGGCACAAUGUGCCUUCGGCGACACCAAGGAGUGACAUUGACCAACUGGGACCGUUGCCUGAGGGGUGGGAGGAAAGGGUACAUUCUGAUGGCAGAAUUUUCUUCAUUGAUCACAAUACAAGAACAACCCAAUGGGAAGAUCCUCGAAUGUCAAAUCCUCAAAUUGCAGGACCAGCCGUUCCAUAUUCUAGAGAUUAUAAGCGUAAAUAUGAAUACUUGAAAUCUCAAUUAAGAAAACCAAACAACGUCCCGAAUAAAUUCGAAAUCAAAGUUGGCCGAAACAACAUUCUGGAAGAUUCAUAUCGUAUUAUUAGUUCUGUAAAUAGGGUUGAAAUUCUUAAAACGAAAUUGUGGGUUGAGUUUGAGGGUGAAGUUGGCCUUGAUUAUGGUGGCCUAGCGCGUGAAUGGUUCUUUUUAUUAUCCAAAGAGAUGUUCAACCCAUACUAUGGCUUAUUUGAAUACUCAGCAAUGGAUAAUUAUACCUUACAAAUCAACCCAUUUUCGGGAGUGUGCAAUGAAGAACAUUUGAAUUAUUUCAAAUUCAUCGGACGUAUAGCCGGCAUGGCUGUAUAUCACGGAAAACUGUUAGAUGCCUUUUUCAUACGACCAUUCUAUAAGAUGAUGCUGAGCAAGACAAUCGAUCUAAAGGAUAUGGAGAGCGUAGAUACUGAGUACUACAAUUCUCUGCUAUGGAUUAAGGAGAAUGAUCCAAGCGAGCUUGAGUUGACAUUCUGCGUUGAUGAAGAAUCUUUCGGUCACACGUCUCAACGCGAGCUCAAGACCAACGGCGCUAAUGUACCAGUGACCAAUGAAAAUAAAGACGAAUAUAUAAGUCUGGUGAUACAGUGGCGUUUUGUAUCGCGUGUCCAGGAGCAAAUGAAUGCCUUCCUCGAGGGCUUCAAUGCCCUGGUGCCUUUGACCCUCGUCAAGAUCUUCGAUGAGAACGAGCUUGAACUUCUCAUGUGCGGCAUCCAACACAUCGACGUCAAGGACUGGAAACAGAAUACCUUGUACAAGGGUGACUAUCACGCAAACCACAUAACCGUCCAGUGGUUUUGGAGGGUGGUGCUGUCAUUCAAUAAUGAAAUGCGUGCGAGAUUACUGCAGUUCGUUACAGGCACGUCGCGAGUGCCCAUGAAUGGUUUUAAGGAGCUUUAUGGCAGCAACGGACCGCAGCUUUUUACUAUUGAAAAGUGGGGCACACCCGACAACUAUCCUCGGGCCCAUACUUGUUUCAAUCGCAUCGAUCUGCCGCCCUACGAGAGUUACCAACAACUCAGGGACAAGCUAAUCAAAGCGAUCGAGGGCUCGCAAGGAUUUGCUGGGGUGGAUUAGCGCGAGAUUCCGUUUUUCAUGAUGAUACCUGUAAUAUAAUGUAUAUAUGUAUACGUAUAUGCAUACUAGAUGCUAACUUUUUCUCUAAAGCUAUAUUAUUUUACUUCUACUUUUUAAGAAACAAACGAAUUGGUAAUACAUAAUUCCAUUAUCGAUGAAUGAAUUAAAAAAAAGAGAUUAAAAAGGAAAUCAUGUUCAAGGGCGAUAGUAUUAAAAAAAAAAGAAAAAAACGAAGUAAUAAUGACGAAAAAAUAACAGCUGUUGAUAAAACUUAACUAUAACUUUUUGAAAUUUCCGAUUUCGAUUCUUAUACAAUUCUUAAUGCAUUUACAAUUGAAGGCUCGCAAAACUCGACGAGAGUAAAAAUAUGUGACGAUUCUUGUUUCAGAAUGAAACUCAACAAUCGACUUGACGUAUAUUUAAUAUACAAAACACUUUAGUCGUGGGUCGUGGGAAUAUGCGAGAGAGAAAUGAAAAUAGAAUUAUAAUAAUGAUGAUGAUGAUAAAAAAGUAAAAAGAUAAAUCGAACGUUAGAUAUUGCAUAUAUGAAGAAAAAUUUCUAAGUGAUAUAUUGUUCGGUAUUGAACAUAAAGUGCUUCAUAGAUUUACUAAUCAAUUAUAAAAUUGUAAAUAUGUUUCUAACACGAAUGAAAAUUCUCUAGUUGACUAUGAUAUUCCAUUUAUGAGUAUUGUUUUUUGUUUGUUUGUUUUUUUUUGACGGAUCCACUGCGUCAAGCGGAAUUUAGUUAUUAUAUUAUGCAAUGACGAGAAUAUAUAAGAAAACACAUUUUAAACGUUUACACAUGAAAUAAGCUCACAUAGAUUUAUAAUGUAUUUAUUAAGUCGCUCCCAUUGGCCUAUUGUAUGUCGUCGAGUACUCUGUAAAAGUCCAAUGCUUUAUUUGUUUAUCUUUGAUAGAAGUAUUUUUAAACUUGAAAAUAUUUAUUUGUUAUUCUUCCCUCAAAAAUAUUUAUAUAUAAAUGUACAUGAUUGUAUGAAUUUGUUUCCUGGCCUUUCGAUUACGUAAUGACAUUUAUGCGUGUUUUUUCUCCACUUUAUUGUAUAUUUAGCUGUGAAUAAGUAUUGAAACAUUUAUACGCGUACAGCUCAAAAUAAAAGUAGAGCAAUGUUAUGAAUGGAUAUAAUCAAUUAUUUGAAAUAAACUCCCAUUUUUUAUGUAAACUGUUCUUGUAAAGCGCCCUUGUCUUGCAUAAUUGCAUGAUUAUAAUAAUUAAAUAACUCUACUUUUAUUCUGGGUUACCCAGGAUAUCUGACAAUUUUAGAUGAACUUUUAAUGUUAAUUCUUUUAAGAAAAAUAUCAAUUGUUUAUUAAUUAUACAAAUUUAUUAAAUAUUUUCUUUUAAUGAAUAAAAAUAGAUGAACAAUAAAAAAGGAUUUUUUUGUAUUGAUAAAAGUAUGAUUUAUAAGUAAUUUUGUUAUAAAGUGAGCACGUCAAAACUCGUAUGGUUUAGUGGCGUUACUGUACAUGUCUGAGAAUUUUUAAAUUUUAAAAAUUGUAGAAUAACAUUGAAUAACAUCAAAUCUAUUGACUGUAUAAUACCAAAAAAGGAGACUCGUAAUGUUUAUAGUUUUUUUUUACGUCAGGCUGCAACUGAAAAUGUGUUUUUCUGCUAAAUUGUUAAUAAAUUGUUGUCAUAGUUGACAAAGCCUUAAAAAA